AUGGAUUAUGAUGUGAUUGCCAAUCAGCCAGUUGUUAUUGACAAUGGUUCGGGUGUCAUUAAAGCUGGUUUUGCUGGAGAACCAAAGCCAAAAGUGAGUUUUUUUGUUGUUGUUUCGGCGAUUUUGAAUCAGUACUACUGAUUCAGUAGAUGAGUAAGCAAAAUAUUGAAAACUUCAAUGUGUAAAACGAUAUAAUUAUUUUGAUUCCAGGUGCGAUUUGCAAAUUUCGUUGGUCGACCAAAGUAUCAUCGUGUAAUGGCGGGUGGAUUAGAAGGCGAUGUUUUCAUAGGUAAUUAUUAUAUUGUCUUACAAAUCUCAUAAUUACCCGUUUAGGUCCAAAAGCCGAAGAAAAUCGCGGACUUUUCUCAAUCGAAUAUCCAAUGGAACACGGAAUCGUGAAUAAUUGGAAUGAUAUGGAAAAGAUUUGGGAAUACAUUUAUUCGCCAGAACAACUUCAAAUUUUCCCAGAAGAACAUCCAGUUUUGCUCACCGAUGCGCCUUUGAACCCAUUGAAAAAUCGAGAAAAAUCUGCAGAGAUUUUCUUUGAGACUUUUAAUGUUCCCGCAUUUUACAUCCAAAUGCAAGCAGUUUUAUCUUUAUAUGCAACUGGAAGAACAACUGGUGUUGUAUUAGAUUCUGGAGAUGGAGUCACUCAUGCAGUACCAAUUGUCAAGGGAUUUGCCAUGAAACAUGCGUAUGUUUUUCAAAAAUCUUUCUAGGAUUAAAAAGAUAAUUUUUUCAGAAUUCAAAGAAUGGAUUUAGCCGGUCGUGAUGUGACAGAAUAUUUGCGUGUUCUUUUAAGAAGAGAAGGAUAUGAGUUCCAUCGUAGUAAUGAAUUUGAAAUUGUCAGAGAGAUUAAGGAAAAUGCGUGUUAUUUGGCAGCUGAUGCUUCGAAAGUUGAAAAUUCGAAUUCGAAAAUCGCAUAUACUCUUCCGGAUAACACCAAAGUCGAAUUAUCGAAUUCAUUGUUCCGAGCUCCUGAAGUAUUGUUCAAACCAGAUUUGAUUGGAACUGAAUGGCCUGGAAUGGCACAAAUUGUGAAUCAAAGUAUUUUGAAAUGUGAUAUUGAUUCGAGACAAACACUUUAUGGAAAUAUUGUGUUGAGCGGUGGAACUACACUUUUCAAAGGUUUUGGUGAUCGAUUGUUGAGCGAAGUUCGCAAAAUUUCGCCGUCUGAUGGAAAAAUUAGAAUAUCCGCUUCGCAGGUAGGAAAACCACUUCAUUUUUGAACUUUUUACAAAACUAAAGAUAGUAACUUUUAUCAUUUACAAGUAAACAUUCCAAGGUUAACCGUUUGUAAAAAUAUAGUUUUUGUAGUUUUCUAGCUAUCAUAGGUUUUUCUCUUCCAAAAUGUCGUAUUUUUCAGGAACGUCUUUCUCUUACAUGGACUGGUGGAUCAAUUGUUGCAAGUUUGGAAACUUUCCGAAAAAUGUGGCUCGGCAAAAAAGAGUAUGAUGAUGUUGGACCGUCGGCAAUUCACAAAAGAUUUUUCUAA